AUCGCAGAUAUUCACAGCGAGCAUCAUCAUAUUGAUUGAGACCGUGGCGGAUCUCAGCUAUAGCAGCCAGGCGAUGUUGGUCUGUGGAACGCUCACCGGCUACCUGAUCAUAUGCAGUGCCCUCAGCGUAGGACACCUGUUGGGCGCCAAUGUGGACAAGCGCAUCGAUAUAAUCAUUAGCGUUUCGGGUUGUGUGCUAUUUGUGUCGACUGGCGCCAUCAUUCUCAGUCGCUGGUCUGGCUGCUAUGAGGCGGCCAGAGAUAAGAACACCAUGCUGGCAUCUGGAGUGUUGGCCAUUGUCGCUGCUGUUAUUUUUAUUGCCGACACAUUUGUCGUAAUUAAUGCCAAAUAAAUAUUACAAAAAAUCACACAUCAUCCAAUAUUGAUUGCAUACUUUAGUUAUUUAUACUGAUUCUGUUGGGCUCAAUACACAUGUGAUGUGGUGUGAUAAGACCUGUUUAACCUGAUAACUCAAAUUAAGACUGUGUUUUGUGAAAUGUUUCAUUCAUCUAGAAACCCUGCUCCAAAUAGCCAUUUUUCUUUUUGAAAAGAGGUUCAGUUUUUGCAUAUGUUGACCCAUUCCCACAGGAGACCAAUGAGACCAAUAACUCCUUCAGUAAAAAAGACGAAUGUAUUUCAAGAUUCAUUGCGUUAUCUUUAAGCAUGGACUAGCUUACAAAAUUGAUCUAAUAACAUAAUUGUGAUACACCCUGUAAACCGAAAAUGAUAACAGUUUUUGGUUUAGAUGUUACUCUUGGCCAGGGCCUGGGCCAGGGCCAGGGCCAGGGCCAGGGUCAGGGCCAAGUCAUG